UGCAUCUUUACGUGCCAUGCGUGUGUAUUCCACACCCUGACUCUCAGCAAAACAGAGGCAAGGAAGGACUGAGCGAUGUUGGACGCGUUAUUAUUGCAACCAACGGGACACUGAAACAAAUUGGACGAACCGGGAGCUGACGUAUUGAAUCCGAAGCUAACCACCCCGUCUCCUGUCCUCGGCCUGACCUCAUGGAUCCCGGCGGAAGUGAACUGGACUCCAGCCUGCCUCAGCCCGAGAACCCGUGUCUGAUCGUGGAGGACUCUCAGCCGGACAGUGUCGCUCUGGAGGACGACCCCGAGAGCAGCUACCGAGCUCUGCUGGCCCGGCGCCUGUCCAGCCUGCAGCCCACCGCCCGCAGCCCCGUCCUGGAGCUGAUAUCCUCACCACUGGGAAGCAGAUACUCUCAGAGUGACAGCCAAUCAGAGAGCUCCCAGAACAACAACCAGGCUGAACCCGGCGUUCUCAUGGCGGCUGACCCCAGCUCAGCGUUCCAGGAGGAAAGUCAGGUCAUAAACAUCUGCUCUCCUCCCAACAAGAAAAAAUGUGCAGCAGAAGACACUGAGAUGGACUCUGGAGCUGAUUCCACCACACACUGCGUUCAGUCUGAGGGGGGAACCUCUCAGUUCGGUUUUCUGGAGCUCUCUCAGAGUCAGGAUCUGCGUGGUGAAGCAGAGAACAGUCAGGAGGAAGAAGACAUCAGACCUCAGCCAGACAGCGAGAGACGCACCAAAUUAGCAGCAGCGGAGCAGAACAUGAGCUCCAGGACUUCAGAGAGUCAGGACCACAAAGCAGUGAGAUCUGAGGUGAGCUCCAGCAGCUCGUUGGAGACUCCGGGUCAGUCGGGGAGGCAGCUGAGCGUCCAGGCUCUGCUGCACUCACAGAGCCUCCAGGCCUCUGGAGAGAAGGACCAGCAGGACUGCCAGAUCCUGUCCUCACAGGAGGACAUGUUUGAUGCUGACAAGACAGGUGCUGCAGUGGACAGCACAGUGUCAGAGCCGGAACAGCAGAGUCACCCCACCCCGACGCCGGCUCACACCCUGCGACUGCUGCAUCUGUCUGGACAGGGAACACUGGUGCAGGAAAGUCUGUCCCAGAGCUCUGUUGACUACGUCGCCCCGACCCAGGACAACUUUAGCCACACCCCUUUAAUAGUCCCCAACUCACCAACCGAGAACGAAGACGGUGCUGAUGAACCGAUGGAUACUUCGCUGCCCCCAGAGGACCGAGCAGGAGAGAAAGAUGAGCCGAUGGAAACAGAAGCUGCCUCUAAGCCACACCCAACCGCCUCUACACCUGUAUCCCAGAAUUCCCCUGGUUUUGUGUUAGAGCGAACUCUCUCUUUACCGUCCCAGCCAGAGUUCUCUCAUGACAUGUUUGUCCCGACGCAGAGUCAGGACGCCGCACAGCAGUCAGAUAAGAAGACAGUAUUGUCGCCGCGUGAGACGCAGUCUCAGCAGCUGGAGUCAGCUGCUUUCACUUUGCCUUUGCAGCUCUCUGUGAACACGCAGAGCAGCAGCCAGGUUCAGAAGGCCUCAGCACAGAUUGAGGAGGACAGUCAGGCCACACAGAUCGAGGAACUGGAAGAGCCGCCCGGCGUCGACACCAGCGACUCUGCGAUUUCACAACAGAGGAGCGAGAGCAAUGGCGUCCCUUCAGAAUCACAAACUGCAACCAGCUCCAAAGCUUCCACCUCUGCUGAGUCACCAAAGCAUCACAGCGAAUGUGCCAGGAACGAGCUGUCCAGUCUGUCGCAGAAGUCUGAUGUGCACAAAAAGACUUCUCUGAAUGUAGAAAAUGUGAAUGUAAAAGACAGUAAGAGUGAGAGCAAAGAGGCGAGCGCCGCUGACGUGGUGUCCUGCUCUCAAACAAAGCUCGAUGCCUCUGAUGUGACUGUGAACAGCUGCGUGCAGGAGACCCCACCGGACACCACACCCCACAGUCUGCCCUCACAGUCUAUGAUCUGUCAGACGUCUCCUGUGGACGUGAUGAAGACUUCUGUAGACUCGAGGAAGGAGGGAGACACUGCGAAGAGUCCGUCCAUAAAAUCAUCUUCACAGAAGAGUGGAGUCGUUGGUAACAGUCAAACAGAUAAAGUGAAGCAGAGUGAAGUAGAUGAGGAGGUGGUGGUGAUGGAGGAGGAUGAGGAGGAGGAGGGGGAGAGCACAAUGGAAGGCGGGGCCUCAGCAAUGGCCCUGGCCCUCUCUCAGAGCCAGGUGCAGUCUCCGGAGCCCAUGGAGGAGGAGAGUGAAGACAGAGGGGAGGACAGCGUCAUCGUCCUCACAGACAGCGACAGAGACUCCCAACUUCCUCAGAAUGAUGUGACAUCACAGUCAAAGACCAACAGCUCCCAGCCAAUCAGGGACAAAGUGUCCGUCUCCACUAACGGCCAUGAGUCCCAGACAAAGAAGUUACACACGGCUCCUGAUAGGCUCUCCCAGACUGAGAAGGCGGGGCCUGAACCGGAGGGCCUCAAAGACAAGAGCCUGAGUGACAGCUCGGGAGAAAUUUCGUUUCACUUCACACUUCCUAAAGAAGGGGAGCUGAUUGGUCCUGCUGUCGGUGCCACGCCCCCUCUAAUCAACCAGCUGAAGCAGACGCUGAGACACAGCACUCCCAUCGAGAUCACUUCCUUCUCUGAAAAGUCCGGUGUGGCGGGUGAUGUCUCUGCAGACGGGGCGAUGGCGGCCAGUGACAUCGUGUCGGGGGAGAGCGGGGACGACACGACGGAUAAGGGAGACGGGAAGCUGAGUUUGAGGAUGAAGCUGGUGACCCCCGUGGAGGAGGGCAGCUCGGAACACUUCAGCCUGCAGAAGCCAGCACUAUCAGAGGAGGAUGGAUCUGUUGUCAAGGUUACCACCGUUGCCAAGGCUGUAACCAGCAGCCCAUCGGUGUUCAGUCGAGUCAGGCAGGUGCACAGACAGCAGGAGGCCAGGGAGGACAGUCAGGCUGGAGGCAACACCACACCUGUCAGAGGGGAGCUGUUCGCCUCCCCACAGAGGAGCUCCCAGGCGUCCUCGCUGGGAUGCAACAGCCUCCCGAACAGCCAAUCAGAGGUUUUACCACAGGAAGUGUCAGCAGCACCUCAGGAGACCACCAAGGAUGCCCCCAGCCCUGCUGAGCAGACCGUGGAGAGACGAGGAUCGCCUCAGUCUCCAGAGACGCCCACCCUGAACAGGACGGAUGGCCGACAGAGGAUUCCUCAGCAGGCUGCCGACAACACCAUCACCUCCAGUCCGUCCAACAAGCUUCGUCAGCGGACAGUCUCCCAGCAAACCAGCUUUGACGCACCAGGGCUGCGCUCUCCAGCCGGCAGGGGUGAACCAGAGUCUCAGCCCUUCAGAAGAGCCACAGGCCCCUCCCACCGCAGACACGUGCGCACCAUCCAGGAAGUGCGGACCACCGUCACGCGCAUCAUCACAGACGUGUAUUAUGAGGAUGGAAAAGAGGUGGAUCGCAAAGUCACGGAGGAGAACGAGGAGCCAGUGGUGGACUGCCAGGUGUUAGACAGCGACAUCUCCCCGUACCGCACAGGAAGCAGCUCUGUGACCUCCGGUGACCUCGCUGACAUCAGUUCUUUGUCGUCCAAGGCGUCCAGCCUGCAGCACAGCUCCGGAGGAACCAGCAGCAGCGGCUUCACCAGGCCGGACUUCAUCAUGCCUCCCAGCCGAGGGGUCUUCAGUCCCAGGAGGGGAGGCGGGCAUCAACAGAGGGGUCACAGGGGUCAAAGGGCAGGGUCAGUGGUCACGGUGAAGUCCCGGGCCUUCGUCCCGCUGUCCCCAAGAGGAAGGGCUAGAAGGGGCCGACCCCCGUCCCGCUCCUCCCCGUCCAGGGGAGGUGGUGUCGGCUCGCUGCAGAGGCUCAGCGCUCACGGCCUGCCUCAUUCGUCCUCAGAGGACGAGCCCUACACCCGCGUGCUCCCCCCAUGCCUCCCCGUCAGCCCCACAGACGGCGAGCUCCCCAGCCACUCCGACUCCCUCAGGUCUUCGCCGGAGGAGGCGAGCUCGGUCGGAAGCAGCUUCGUCGGGCUGCGGGUGGUGGCCAAGUGGUCGUCCAACGGCUACUUCUACUCAGGCCGCAUCAUCAAAGAUGCCGGGGAGGGGAGGUUCCGCCUGCGGUUUGACGAUGGCUACGAGUGUGAGGUGGCGGGGAAAGACAUCCUGCUGUGUGAUCCCAUCCCUCUGGAGACGGAGGUCACCGCUCUGCUGGAGGACGAGUACUUCAGCAUAGGUGUGGUGAGGGGCCAUAAAACGGAGGGGCAGGAUCUUUUCUACUGUGUGGAGAGGGACGGUCAGAAGCAGUGGUACAACAGGACGGCGGUCAUCCUGUCUCUGGAGCAGGGGAACAAGCUGAGGGAGCAGCACAGCCUCGGGCCCUACGAGCCCUCCACUCCGCUCGCCAAGGCCUCUGACAUCAGCCUUGAUAACCUGGUGGAGGGGAAGAGGCGGCGCAGAGGAGCCCCCGGAGCUCAGAACACUCCCAACCGCAGCUCCUCCAGCAGCCCCCGGAGCCCUGGCCCGUCCGGCAAGAGGAAACUGAUGACCUCAGAGGACGGCAGGGCGCCAGCCAAGAGGGGCCGCAGGGGCCUGGGCGCCAGAGCUGCUCAGCGGGUCGGUGUGUGUAACACCUCCGGCAGCGGCACAGAUCUGCCCGGUCAGUCCUGUGACGUGAUGGAGACACACGGCCCGCUGCCUCAGAACACAACUCUCUUCAUGGGCUUCGCCUUCAUGCUGACCGCCUCAUCUGAGGUCGACCGGCUGACCAACAAGCACACCAGCGACGAUGAGGACGAUUACGUGGAGACGGGUCCGUAUAACAAAGCGUACACAGAGUCUCAGCUGCAGGCGGGUGGAGGCUUCGUCCUGCCAGACUUCAAUGAAGAACAGUGUAAGGCAGCGUAUCAAAGCCUGCUCAUCGCAGACCAGCACUGUCGCACCAGGAAGUACUUGCUGUGUUUGGCGAGUGGUGUGCCGUGUGUGUCGCACAUCUGGGUGAGGGACUGCUGCAAAGAGAACAAGCUGCUCAACUACAGGAACUACCUGCUACCCGCCGGCGUCGGGCCGGAUGAGGCCAUCGUAGAAUGGCAUCCACGCUGCAGCCCGUUCAAGCCUCUGCGGGUCCUCCUGGUGUUUGAGAAGCCGGUGGAGCUUUGGGCUCAGCUGAUCACCAUGGGUGGAGGUUCUUCAGUCCGACACUUCCAGGCAGACAAGGACAGCUCAGACAUUCCUGCUGGCAAGUAUGACGUUGUGGUGACAGACCAUGCCUGUCCACCAUUGGUGGAGAAAAAUGUGACAUCACAGGAAGUCCCGCUGGUGUCUCCCGAGUGGAUCAUCCAGAGCGUCAUCCGCGGGGAGCGCCUGGGUUUCCAUAGCAAGCCUCAAUAUCGCCACGACUACUCCUCAUAAUCCAAGUCCACAUGUGCAAACGCCUUGGACCAUGUUAAAUGUUGAGCGUUAGUUCUGUUGCAUGCCUCUGCUGUAUAUACCUUUAUCCUGUCUGUUUUUAUGGGAUAAUAAAUUGUGACCCUUGUUUCAUUUUAAA